CAUUGCGUGGCGACAUUUCCAGGCAGUAAUGGAACCAAACUACUCUUGUGCUACAACAGCGAAGGUGUGUACGUUGAUACAAAUGGAAGGACGUUUAGAGACGCCGCAUUUCUAUGGGGAGAACCACCGACAUCCGUUGCGGCGGUCGGUCCGAAUCAUGUGUUAUGAUACUGCACGACUUCCAUCGAGAUCCGAGCAAUAGAUACUGGAAACCUGGACGGAGUAUUCUGCCACUACCAGAUACAAAAACUGCGCUUUCUCUGCGAGUCCAACGGAAAGGUAUUUUUUGCUGUUUCCAAAGGCGGUUUCUACCAAGUGUACAUACUCAUGUUCAAGGAACUCACAGCUCUCUCCAUCAGCACAAUCAACAAAAUUCUCUUCCUGCUCCACAUCAGUCGAGUUCUACUCUAAACAGCAACCAUACAAAUCAACAGGCGCCAACGGGAAACAGUAGCAGCAAGGCAUCGCCUGCUCAAUUCCCGCUGCAGUCCAUCACAAACACACCUCAGCAUCUUACGACGCCGCCUUCUCUGUCAAUGCAUCACCAGUCUACUUCCGGACAAAGCGUAGGUGCUGCCGGAGACGCCCAGGGAUACCACACGUCGGAUAGAAACCAACCUCAGACAUCUGGACACCCGCCAUCGUUACUGCACUACGCGGCAUCUCCAGUCACGCAGUCGAAUCAGACUCAGUUCACGAGUGGCGCGACUAGUGAAAAUUACAAUGGCGUCGGAGGUAAUGACAACUUGGAAGGAGGCCGCAGUUUGCGGGAACUGAACAGUCUAGAAGAUCUGUCGAGACAGGAACAGUUCCUCAUGAGUUCAGUCGGAAACUACCUGACUCAUUCGACCACUUGAUGCAUGAAAUGAAAUAAAAAAUAUUCCCCCGAACUUGGUAGAUGUUACAAAAUAGUUAAUCCAUUAUGCUCGUGACAUAGUUUCAUAUGA